AUGGAAGAUCAGAACAUCGGAAAAACGUCUGGUCCUGAGCCGACACCGUCUAAACCUGACAAACUGGUGAACAUGGACUCCACAAAGGGUUCAAAGGAGUCCACCAACGAAUCAACUACUUCACUUCAAGAUCAACCACCUUUCACGAUUUACACACAUAGAGAGAAGGUUGUAUUGAUGUUGAUAUUAUCGUUUAUAGGAUUCUGGAGUACAUUUUCCAGUCCCAUAUACUUUCCUGCUUUACCAACUAUUUCAGAAGAAUUCCACUUGACUAGUUCUGUAACUGACUUAUCGGUUGUAGCUUAUUUGGUUUUCCAAGGAAUUGCCCCAACAUUUUCUGGUAAUUUUGCCGAUACGUUAGGUAGAAGACCCGUCAUCAUGGCAUCUAUGUUGAUCUUCAUUGCCGCAAAUAUCGCUAUCUCCCAAACAAAUGUAUACUGGCUAUUGACGUUCUUAAGGUGUGUGCAAGCGAUAGGGAUAGCACCAACAAUUGCUAUUAGUUUGGGUGUCAGUGGUGAUAUUUGUACAGCUGCUGAUAGAGGUGGAUUUGUUGGGACAGUUAGCGGUUUACAACUUACAGGAAAUGCUUUCGGUGGAUUAGUAGGUGCUGCAUUGAUCUCUGGUUUUGGCUGGAGAGGUAUCUUCGUUUUUUUAGCCAUAGGAAGUGGUGUGACGUUGAUCAUUAUAAGUUUUAUAUUGCCUGAAACGGUGAGAACAAUUGUAGGAAAUGGAUCAGUACCAGCAAAAUCAUUUUUGAACUAUCUGCCCAUAUUUCUUUUGAACCAUUAUAAGAAGAGAUUGACCAAUGAUGUAUCAACUUUAUCACCCAAGAAAAAGUUGGACUUAUUAGCACCAUUUAAGAUCUUAGUCCAUAAAGAAACAAUAUGUGUUUUAUUUCCAGCAGGGAUCCAAUUUGCUUCAUGGACAAUGGUACUUACAUCCCUUACACUUUUGGAAGGUGAUGGCUACAAUUAUAGUGUCUUGAAGGUGGGGUUCAUAUACUUACCUCAAGGUGUUACUUGUUUCAUUGGGUCAAUAUUAACCGGGAAGUGUUUGGAUAUGAUGUACAGAUAUCGUAAAAAUCAACAUGAUUUGAAAUAUCAUGAUGUCAAACAUAAACCAAAAUUCAAUGCCUUAAAGGCAAGGAUAAUUGUUAGCAUCCCUCCUAUCAUUAUGUCAUUUGUGGGGUUAGUGAUCUUUGGCUGGUGUUUGCAAUUUAAGAAAAAUAUAUCAUCCAUCAUAAUAUCCACAUGUUUGGUAUCAUUCAGUUCCACUGCUUUGAUUUCAAUUUGUACGACUAUAAUUGUCGAUUUGCAUCCAUCAAAAGGGUCAACUUCAGCAUCGUUGAUGAAUUUGGUUAGAUGCUUAUUGGCGGCAUUGGGUACUGGUGUACUUUCAAAAAUGACAAAGGCUAUGGGAUUAGGGGGUUGUUAUACAUUUUGGGCAGCUAUGGGAUUAUUUAGUGAUCUGUUAUUAUUAGUCGUUUUGAUAUUAAAAAGAAAAGAGCAUAAAUAA